AUGUACAUGGUCGAUGCCUGCCCUCAGCUCCACUCAGCAUCAUUGAUAAGAGUCAGCUCCAACGCAGCGAAACCCUUAGCUAGUUCCUGUAUCACUCUGAUUUGGAAAAAAUAUGCGAUACUCUCGCAUCGAUGGCGUGAUGGUGAGGUACAGUUCUCUGAUAUCGGCCAGCCUCACGCCCGUAGUAUGCCAGGCUAUUCCAAGAUUGAAGGUUGUCGUGUCCAGGCUCACGAAGACGGGUAUCGCUAUGUCUGGAUAGACACUUGCUGCAUCAAUAAGAGCAGCAGCUCUGAACUUUCCGAAGCGAUCAACUCGAUGUUCAUGUGGGUGGACCUCCAGGAACUUAUUGCCCCCAACAAUGUCAUAUUUUUCUCGCGUGAUUGGGAGGAGAUAGGAAGCAAAUCCAGCUUCGCUCCCUCGAUCGAAAAUAUCACGGGGAUUGUCCGCGGUGUCCUACUUACCAACUACCCAGGAGAGAUCAGUGUAGCAACGAGGAUGUUCUGGGCUUCGCGAAGGCAGACGACGAGGGUAGAGGAUCGGGCGUAUUCGCUGCUUGGUUUAUUUGGGGUAUACAUGCCUACGAUAUAUGGAGAGGGGGAAAACGCGUUCGUCAGACUUCAGAUCGAAAUCAUGAAGAGCUCCAACGAUCAAAGCAUUUUCGCUUGGAAAUCAGAUCGAAGGAACACAAGUGGCCUACUUGCUUCAUCCCCGGAUGAUUUUGCAGAGUCCCGCAACAUCGUCAAAAUUCCCUCAGAUUCAUUCAGAAGUAUCUUUUCAAGCUCUACCCCAUCCAUCAGACAUCAGUAUUCGGUGACGAAUCGCGGAUUGAAUAUUCACCUACCUGUCAUGCCAGCGGCUUUAAGAUGCUGUCGUCAAGGCGCACCACACUCCCGUCCAAUCGGUUUAUUGCUCCAUCCAGUUAAAGACCAAACUGAACAAUUUCUCAGGUUUUGGCCCAACUUUCUUUACGACGUAGAGGCUCCAUCCGAAUUCACCUUUCAAGAUCUUUACGUCCAAGAAGAUGAUACAUCGCUAUUCAUGAUAAUCGAUUCCAAGCGUGACCCUAUCCCUAAAUCAUAUCGUUUCUUCAUUAAAACCGACGGGGUCGUAGAAAAUGGAUUUUCUUUGGUUGGCUAUGCGGGGGAUGGGCAGUGGCAGCAGGAAGAGGAUAGGCUCAUCCUGGGCUUGACUCGCAGUGGAAUAUUUAGCACGCUGCUCUAUCGCCAUCAAAUAACCGGCGAGAGUUUUGCAGUGCCGCUCGGCAUGCAUAAUUAUCACGUCUGGUCGUGCAUUGUCACGGCUACGGAUGGUGAGACGCCUGACAGCGUCCACACGUCGUUCACGAGCGGAGACAGAGAUAAGAUUCGGUAG